AUGCAAAAGGUAGGUGCUGUGAGGGGAGGCGCUGAGAUGGUGAGUGCGGUGAGGGGAGGUGCUGAGAUGGUGAGUGCUGUGAGGGGAGGCGCUGAGAUGGUGAGUGCUGUGAGGGGAGGUGCUGAGAUGGUGAGUGCUGUGAGGGGAGGUGCUGAGAUGGUGAGUGCUGUGAGGGGAGGCGCUGAGAUGGUGAGUGCUGUGAGGGGAGGUGCUGAGAUGGUGAGUGCUGUGAGGGGAGGCGCUGAGAUGGUGAGUGCUGUGAGGGGAGGUGCUGAGAUGGUGAGUGCUGUGAGGGGAGGUGCUGAGAUGGUGAGUGCGGUGAGGGGAGGUGCUGAGAUGGUGAGUGCGGUGAGGGGAGGUGCUGAGAUGGUGAGUGCUGUGAGGGGAGGUGCUGAGAUGGUGAGUGCGGUGAGGGGAGGUGCUGAGAUGGUGAGUGCGGUGAGGGGAGGUGCUGAGAUGGUGAGUGCUGUGAGGGGAGGUGCUGAGAUGGUGAGUGCUGUGAGGGGAGGCGCUGAGAUGGUGAGUGCUGUGAGGGGAGGUGCUGAGAUGGUGAGUGCUGUGAGGGGAGGUGCUGAGAUGGUGAGUGCUGUGAGGGGAGGCGCUGAGAUGGUGAGUGCUGUGAGGGGAGGUGCUGAGAUGGUGAGUGCUGUGAGGGGAGGUGCUGAGAUGGUGAGUGCUGUGAGGGGAGGUGCUGAGAUGGUGAGUGCUGUGAGGGGAGGCGCUGAGAUGGUGAGUGCUGUGAGGGGAGGUGCUGAGAUGGUGAGUGCUGUGAGGGGAGGUGCUGAGAUGGUGAGUGCUGUGAGGGGAGGCGCUGAGAUGGUGAGUGCUGUGAGGGGAGGUGCUGAGAUGGUGAGUGCUGUGAGGGGAGGUGCUGAGAUGGUGAGUGCUGUGAGGGGAGGCGCUGAGAUGGUGAGUGCUGUGAGGGGAGGUGCUGAGAUGGUGAGUGCUGUGAGGGGAGGUGCUGAGAUGGUGAGUGCUGUGAGGGGAGGUGCUGAGAUGGUGAGUGCUGUGAGGGGAGGCGCUGAGAUGGUGAGUGCUGUGAGGGGAGGUGCUGAGAUGGUGAGUGCUGUGAGGGGAGGUGCUGAGAUGGUGAGUGCUGUGAGGGGAGGUGCUGAGAUGGUGAGUGCUGUGAGGGGAGGUGCUGAGAUGGUGAGUGCUGUGAGGGGAGGCGCUGAGAUGGUGAGUGCUGUGAGGGGAGGUGCUGAGAUGGUGAGUGUUGUGAGGGGAGGUGCUGAGAUGGUGAGUGCUGUGAGGGGAGGCGCUGAGAUGGUGAGUGCUGUGAGGGGAGGUGCUGAGAUGGUGAGUGCUGUGAGGGGAGGUGCUGAGAUGGUGAGUGCUGUGAGGGGAGGCGCUGAGAUGGUGAGUGCUGUGAGGGGAGGCGCUGAGAUGGUGAGUGCUGUGAGGGGAGGUGCUGAGAUGGUGAGUGCUGUGAGGGGAGGUGCUGAGAUGGUGAGUGCUGUGAGGGGAGGCGCUGAGAUGGUGAGUGCUGUGAGGGGAGGUGCUGAGAUGGUGAGUGCUGUGAGGGGAGGUGCUGAGAUGGUGAGUGCUGUGAGGGGAGGUGCUGAGAUGGUGAGUGCUGUGAGGGGAGGUGCUGAGAUGGUGAGUGCUGUGAGGGGAGGCGCUGAGAUGGUGAGUGCUGUGAGGGGAGGUGCUGAGAUGGUGAGUGCUGUGAGGGGAGGUGCUGAGAUGGUGAGUGCUGUGAGGGGAGGCGCUGAGAUGGUGAGUGCUGUGAGGGGAGGUGCUGAGAUGGUGAGUGCUGUGAGGGGAGGUGCUGAGAUGGUGAGUGAUGUGAGGGGAGGCGCUGAGAUGGUGAGUGCUGUGAGGGGAGGUGCUGAGAUGGUGAGUGCUGUGAGGGGAGGUGCUGAGAUGGUGAGUGCUGUGAGGGAAGGUGCUGAGAUGGUGAGUGCUGUGAGGGGAGGUGCUGAGAUGGUGAGUGCUGUGAGGGGAGGUGCUGAGAUGGUGAGUGCUGUGAGGGGAGGCGCUGAGAUGGUGAGUGCUGUGAGGGGAGGUGCUGAGAUGGUGAGUGCUGUGAGGGGAGGUGCUGAGAUGGUGAGUGCUGUGAGGGGAGGCGCUGAGAUGGUGAGUGCUGUGAGGGGAGGUGCUGAGAUGGUGAGUGCUGUGAGGGGAGGUGCUGAGAUGGUGAGUGAUGUGAGGGGAGGCGCUGAGAUGGUGAGUGCUGUGAGGGGAGGUGCUGAGAUGGUGAGUGCUGUGAGGGGAGGUGCUGAGAUGUGCGGUGAUGGGAGGGUGAGUGCUGAGAUGGUGAGUGCGGUGAUGGGAGGGUGA